GUGUGAAAGUUGGUUGCCCAGUUGGUAUCCCACAGCAGUUCGGGACGGUUGAACGAGGAAUGUGGUAGUUUAUCAUACACGAAAAAUAUAUAAACUAAAGAAAGAUUUCCGGAAAUUCUAUAAGAUAAGAGGAUAUUUAUGAGUACAGUGUUGUGCGGACCGUAAUUGCCAUAGGUCCUUCCCUCAUUACCUGUCACACGCUGUUUAUGAGGGAAACAGUGCCCGGGAAACUGCUCAAAGAUGACGUUAUGAUAAUACACAGAACAUACGCUGAGGAACAGGAAAAAACAAGAAUAAUUCCAAAGUUAAAGUGAUUUGAUACAAGCUUUAGGAUCAUCUGUUGGAUUAUUAUCUUAUCUUCGUCAGAAUGAGGAAGUCCAUAGAAUUCUUGACUUUACUGCUGGCUCUUGUCACCCAGCUCGAUGGGCAAGGACUCGGCAAAGAAUUACGAAGCCCGACGGCAAACGAGCUAAUAGCACAGCUGCUUCUGCGGAGGGCCCAGUCCUCGGCCAAUAAGAGGCCAGGCAGAGUUCCUCCCGGCCCGGUCUUCAGCCAACCAAAGCGCGCCACGAGUAGCGACUCUAGCCAGUCAGAGAUCGUGGAUUUGGAGAAUCUGCUUGACACUGGAGCUUGUUCCGGGUCGGGCUGCGGCGAUGGAGAAGAUUUCGCCUCCCGGUGGACGAUGCCCCUGAUGCGCCUGGGGGACAAGAGAUACUACCUGGGGAUAUUCUUCAAGGCGAACUGGUACAAAGCAGCGCAGUAUUGUCGGUUCCAUGGGAUGCAUCUUGCUGGGGUCGAGACAGAGAGGGAGAAUCGGUUCCUGGAGCAACAUAUACAAGAAGCAGGCCUGGGCCACGAGCACUUCUGGACGUCCGGGACCGACCAGGGCGAGGAAGGGCGCUUCUUCUGGAUGUCCAACGGCCGCCCGAUCACCUUCGACAACUGGAACGCCGGCGAACCAAACAACUUCCAGUACGAGAACGGAGAGAUGGAACACUGCCUGGAGCUGUGGAACCGAGACGGCAAAGGCCUGAAAUGGAACGAUAGCCCUUGCUCCUUCGAGACGUUCUUCAUCUGCGAGGUGGCUUGAGGAAUGGCGGCCGCGAGAGGAGGGGCCCGUUUGCUGCCCUGAGAGCAAGAAGGAAGGAGGUGGACGUCUGUGUGUUCUCUGAGAGAGAGAGGGAGAGAGUGAGUGGAG